UCUCUAGGACUCGUCAAGGUACGCAAGGCAAACCGGGCCGCAAAGCAUUCAGUGAAACGAUCAGAGGCGAAGGCAGUGCGAUUCUCCAAAACUCCCGAGGUUGCAUUUCGCCAUGUGACUCAAGAUGAACUGCAGAAGACUUGGUACAAGCCACAGGAAUACGACGCAUUCAAGGAAGACUGCAAGCGCACAGCAGCUUACUACCGCAACGCACAAGGCGACAUUACUCGGCUCGACCCCGUCAAGGUCUGUUUGCGUGGCCUCGAGCAAAACCUCACCAGGAUCAGCAUCAUGUCACGACGCAUCACCAUUACCUCCAGCGUCAACAUGGUCCUCCACGAACAACUAUCACAGAAAACCCGCGGACAAUCCAACCCUGAGAAGGUCAGAGAAGUUUGCAUGGCCAUGUCAGAAGCAUCUCGUAGACGGGCCAUCACUGUGGCGUCAUUCGACGAAAAGCUUGCCAAGCUGUAG